GACAGGGACCUAGGCUCCGUAUCAUUUUCUCUCUUGCUGUCCUUGGCUGUGAUUUGGCUGCUUUAGAUACAACAUGCUUGCAGUGCUUCUAAGUGUCCUGUCUGAAUUCAAUGGACCAGUAAAACAAAACAAGACCUAAGCUUCCUUGAUGCGUUCUUUACCUUUAACUGGGAAGAGAGGCUCUUCAUGGCUGCUGACUGCAUGCCACCAGCCACAGUGAGGCCUCAUACACUCCACUUUGAUUGAUGUUUGUUUCACUGGGCAGACAGGAAAGGAUCACUUACAUCUUUUGCUUUGUAUACAAAUGGUUCCUCAGUAGCUCACGCUGAGGAAUGCAACCAUCACACCAGAUCACGCAUCAGCAUGUAGAAUCUGAGCAUCCUGUGUUGGUUGUAUUUGGUAAGAUUUUGUAUGCUGUUAGGAAGGCAUGCUAAAAUAAGUGUGGUAAAGUCAAGGCGGAUAUUAGGAUACUUGGUUUACUCUUCCGUCUUUUUCUCUGGCAGCCUAAAGGUGUGAGUGAAGAAGACAUAAAAACUGUGUUCUCGUCUUGGCUACAGCAGUCCACUACCACCAUGCUUCCUUUGGUAAUACCAAAGGAAGAGUGUAUUAAGCUGGAAAUUAAAGAUGGGUUGAAAGAGUUCUCUCUGAGUGUAGUUCAUUCUCAGGAAAAAGAAAAGGAUCAAGAAAAAACUGUUUUUGUGUUGAGUCCCAUUCUGCUGCAGAAGAUCUCAGUACAAGUCCUUCUAGAGCCCGUGAUAAGAGAAGAACACAGUGUGGAAAUUGACUUUCUUCUUCCCUCUUUAACGCUGAGCUCUUUGGGUGGAGUGAGUUCCUUAGGUAUAUCCGCCAUGGAACACAUCACUCACAGUCUUCUGGGACGCCCUUUGUCUCGGCAGCUGAUGUCCCUGGUCGCAGGACUUAGGAAUGGGGCACUUUUGAUCACUGGAGGAAAGGGAAGCGGGAAGUCAACGUUAGCUAAAGCCAUCUGUAAGGAAGCACAUGACACUCUGGACGCCCGUGUGGAGGUAGUCGACUGCAAAGCUUUACGAG